GUGCCACAGCCACGGCUGCAGGCCUUUUUCAGAACGAUUCGGGAUGGCACGAUGUGGCUUCAGCCAGAUGGGCCGCAGGGGCCGAUGCCGCGGAAGACAGCCUGGAUGGUCCGUCCUGGCUGUAAGUGCGGCUACAGAUAUGGAGGUGUGCUGGUGGAGCCGCAGGCCCUACCCCAGACGCAAGAGGAUCCACAUUGUAACACGCCCCAGUAG